AUGAGAUACGCUUUCGCUCCCAUCGCGUUUGGCCUCGGAGCCAACGCCCUUGUCGUUCGUCAGGCUACACAGUGCUUCAAGCUUGAGGCGUCAGGCGGCGCAUCAGGUGUACUUGGCCAACUCGACGACGGCCAGAACCGUGUCGGUAACGGUGGUCUGCCUACCGGCUGCUACUGCCUGGACGGCAACGGUGGCUUCACUGAUUCCAAUGGACGUGGUUGCAUCCUAACUCCUCCCACCACCCAGUUCCAGUGCGAUGUUGGUGCUACCCCCACCAACGGCUUUGCGGUCGGUCCCAACGGUGGCGUUACAUACAACGGCUCCGGCAAGUUCUACGCUUGCCCCGUCAACGACAACGGCGAGUACAAUGUCUACACAACACCUGCCCCUGGUCAAGAGAAGUGCGUCGAGAUCUCUCUUGGCUCCGCUGGUUCUUGCGGGGCUGGCGCUACACAACCCGCUGGCUCUCAGCCUGCUGGCACACCUCCCGUAGCCACUGCGACUGGACCUGCUGGCACACCUCCUGUCGCUACCGCCACUGUACCUGCUGGAACACCUCCUGCUGGCACAUAUCCUGCUGGCACACCUGCUGGCACACCUCCUGCUGGUACACCACCCGCCGGUACACCUCCUGCUGGAAAGCCUUCUGAUAUGCCUGGAAAGCCUUCCGGUAUGCCUGGUAUGCCUUCUGGCAUGCCCGAGUACCCCGACCAACCUGGAAAGCCUCAGCAAUCAGGCAAGCCAGGCUACCCCGCCAUGUCUGAAGGCCAGAAGCCCUCCCAGCCCGCACCUGGUGUCCCUCAAGAGUCCGAGUGCGUUCCCAGCGUCGUGACCGUCACUGUCACUGCGCCUGCUGCUCCUCCCGCUGGAACCAACCCCGCUCCCGCUGAGACCAAGCCAGCCCCUCCCGCUGAGACUCAUCCCGCUCCUCCUGCCGAGACCUAUCCCGCUGCUUCCGCGACCAUGCCCGCUCCCCCAGCAGGAAGCAAGCCCGCUGAAACACCAGAGAACCCCGACGACGGCGUUAACAACGGCGGUGAGGGCUCAUGCCCCCAGGACCUCAACGGCAACUACGAGUACCCCCACCUCAUCGUACCUGUCGACUCCGAGCAGCCCGACAAGGCCCACGACACCUCCUACAAUGGCAUGGUUGAUAACCACACUUGCACCAUCUUCAACUUCGACAUCCCCGCCUCCAUGGCUGGCAAGAAGUGCUCAGCCAUGUUCAUGCUUCCCAAGAAGGAGGACCUCGAGACCUCCGACUACACCAUGUCUGGCCACGGAAAGUGCACCAUCAGCAAGCUCAAGGGCCCUGCCGAUGCAAUGACCACCUACAAGAACAUGCCCGCCAAGGAGAAGGACGUUGCCUCCAUGGAGAUGACUCCCGGCAACACCUACCCCGUCGAGACUGGUGACUGCGAGGCUGGCAAGACCGUCACCUACAUGAUCUGCGGCAGCGGCGACUUCUCCAUGGAUUACUUCCAGGACUACAACCCAAGCCCCCUUGGCAUGUACGUCCGCCAGUGCUAG